GGCACCAUUCUCAUUCAUCAGAUGUUCGACAUGGUACCCGAGACGAACCUCUGAUUUAUUUCUCGUAUUUUCUUGGUGGGCAUGCGUAUUGGUCGCUAAAACCGGAAGUAAAAUAAGCCAAUCAAAUUUCUCCUUACAAAAACAGCUGAUUGACCCGGAUUGACCCGCCAUAUUGGAAAACCCCGAUACGGAUGAACAAAAAUAGCUUUAAAAAAUGAAUAAUGACGUCAGAAAAAGACUGUGGUUUGUGUAAAACUGCAAUAAAUGUGAAAUCCUCUUACCGGAAGUAUAAAAAAUUAUCUCAGGAAACAAAAACAUUCCUAAUUAACUGUGGAUAUACGAACGUUGAGUAUGUAUGCUCCCGGUGCUUUUAUCGCCUGACUCGCGUGGAUAAAACCAAGGCAAAUUUCGAGACAGAACUGUCCCAUUUUAUUAUUAAAAAACGGGAAACUCCAUCGAAGAAUAAGACUUCAGAAAUAACUGUUUCAUCCAGAACACCUAGUAAACCACGAUUACUUUGUAAACGCAAAAUUCUGUCGACCCCUCCCAGACAGCUGAAAAAGUUGAAACCCGAUACAUGCAGGACAGAGGAGCGUGUUGUUGGCUCGGACGUUCAUGUAGAAAGUAAAUCGACAGCAAAGAAGCAAGAAUGGUUGAAAAGGGGAAGACGUCUGUCCUUCACUUCUGACUCUUAUGUGCAGAUCUCUAUAAAGACGAGCAAUGGCCAGAUUAAGAAUUCCCGUGUGGUAAACAAAAGCUUGCAGACAGUAUGUUCAGCCAUAGCGAAUAAAAGAAGUGUGCAACAAAUUUGUAAGACAAUAUUUAAAGAAGGAGAACUACGGAACAUACUACAGAAAUUAUUUCUUUACGGUUUAGCGCUUGAGUGUCGUGAAAUAGUUAAAAAGAGUUCUAAAAGUGAUCUGCAGUCAAAACAACCAAUAGACUUAGUGAAUAUAAACUUAGAAAAGGUAGAAGAGUCUUGGCUGCUAAGUGGUUCCCUUCUAGUACCAACUUUGGCUGCUGUAGCGGGCAAAGCAGACAGUCAGAAACUAACGCCCGAUGUGAUAUUCAGUGGUGCAAGUCUCUUACGGAGCCGCAAUCAAGGAUAUAGUUUACUUCAUCAUGCAGUUGGUUUGCUGUUAGAUCAUGGAGGUGCUACGGAUAAGACUAUUGAAAUUGGUCAGAAACUUGGGAUAUGUGUAGCCCCUAACACAGUUUACGCAAAGAAGAGAGAACUGGCUUCCUUUCACAGUGCUGAGUUGGAAGAUUCUAUGCAAGUUCCAGUUAAGAAGGUAUGGUAAAAUUUUCAGCAAUAUAGAGGAUUGUCAGCUGAAAACACCGUGUAUAGAUAUAAACAUGAGAUAAGAUUGUUACACAGGCAUAUAUACUAGGACAUCAAGUAGAAUUGCAUGACUUCUUACAUAAAUCACAGGUCCAUAGUUCAUACUAUUAACCAGUCCAUUCAACACCGAAGUCAAAAAUUUAAGAAAAAUAUGAUGCAGAUUUAUUUCUUAUGCUCUGUAAUAAAA